AUGAUAAAGGAAUUCAACACCCAAACAGAGGUUAGUGUGGGAUUGGAAGCCCUAUGGGCUGCUCUCACUAAGGAUUUGAAAAUCAUAGUUCCAAAGGUUCUUCCAAAUGUUGUGAAAGAUGUUCAAGUGAUUGAAGGUGAUGGAGGGGUUGGUACAAUCCUCAUCUUCAAUUUUUUGCCUGAUGUGAGCCCAGUAAGUUACCAGAGGGAAAAGAUCACAGAGUUUGAUGAGAUUUCACAUGAAAUUGGGCUGCAAGUGAUUGAAGGAGGCUAUCUGAAUCAAGGAUUGUCAUACUACAAGACAACUUUUCAACUAUCUGGAUUAGGAGAACACAAGACUUUGGUCAACGUUAAGAUCUCUUAUGACCAUGAAUCCGACAUAGAAGAAAGGGUCAAACCUACGAAGACAUCUGAGUCCACUUUAUUCUAUCUUAGGUGCCUAGAAAAAUAUCUGUUGAAUGGUGCCUGA